CUCUCCCAACAUGGCGGACCGAGCCGUCCUGGCUUCCUGUCAGCGUGGGAACAGCCAAUCAGGAUCUACUCGAACCCUACGCUUCAGCCAAUCAGCGAACACGCUGCUCUUCGCGAAAACAUGUCGCCCAUGAAGCUGUGUGUUCCAGGUGACAAACUAUGCAACAUAGAAGACUGUUCUCCAGGCACAGGAGUAUAUCAGCGGCACGGCUACAUCUACUCCUCACUAGCAGGCUACGUGCUCAGGAAAAACGAGGGAGGCCAGUUACCUGUGAUCUCAGUGGUGAGGGAAACAGAAGCGCUACUACUGCCAGAUGUGGGAGCAAUAGUCACCUGUAAGGUGACCAGCAUCAACCCCCGGUUCGCCAAGGUCCAGAUCCUCUAUGUAGGCUCCACGCCGCUGAAAGAUCGCUUCAGAGGGACCAUCAGAAAAGAAGAUGUGCGUGCGACAGAGAAGGACAAGGUGGAGACAUACAAAAGCUUCAGACCUGGUGACAUCGUCCUGGCAAAAGUGAUUUCUUUGGGUGAUGUUCAGUCGAACUACCUGUUGACAACUGCUGAGAAUGAGCUGGGAGUCGUGGUGGCACACAGUGAAGCAGGUGCCCAGAUGGUUCCCAUCAGCUGGUGCGAGAUGCAGUGCCCGCGGACGCACACCAAAGAGUUCCGCAAAGUGGCACGAGUGCAGCCGGAGUAUUUACAGGCAUGAGAGCCCUGAACCGAAUCUCCUCGACAAGGAACACACAGCUUCCCCCCUCCAUCCUCCAGUCACUGUUGUUAAGUGGCCUCUCAACUCUGUUCUAGGUGUUUUCUGAGAGACUGAGCAACGUUAACUUGGUGACUACUUCUGGUGACAAGUCUUACCUAAGUGUUUUAUUUGUUUUUUUUAAACAGCUUUCCCUGUGCACAUUGUGCCAUCAGUGGAUUGUACCAGCUUAGAAACACUGAAGCGGCAUCAGACCAAACUGCUAAACUUUUCUAUGUUGAGAAGCUAAAGCUUUGGAAUUACGUACUUAGAUCAGGUUAGCUAAAAGAUGAACUGUGUUGCUUGGUAAUUGUAAGACUUGGUUAGGACAAGAAUCAUUUUACACCUGAAGGCAAAGAUUAAAAUACAUACUCUCUAACCAGAGGUGUAAAUGCACGAAUGGCAGGUCUGGUCUGAAGAGAGGAGGCUCUGAUGACAAUAAGCUGCGUAGUGAGCACUGCACUUUGAAGCUUUCUGCAUGUUUGGCCGACUUGAGUUUCAUAAAUACCUUGUCUAUAAAGAA